AGGGAAAACAGCUGUCUGCUGUAAAACGGUACUGUUUGUCUGCGUGCCAGUAGAGCUGAACAGCUAUAUUACUGUCGGACUUCCUUUUACGAGCGUAUGAAUAGGCAGAGGGAAGAAUAAUACACCAUCCUGUCGCUUUAUACUCGUAGUAGACUGUCACUCUUUCCACUGAAGGCCGGUGAGUUCCAUGGUUCGUGCUGUUUUGCGACGGCUGAUCUGUCAUCGAGCUGUGCAAAAACAGUAAGCAAUCUUUACAAUGUUUGUCUCGUUGGGGAUCGGUCGAUAGAUAUUAACGUUAUGGUUGCUACUGAUUUUGGUUAAGAAACUCUAAACGAAUUUGAAUUUUAUUCUUUAAUAAGAAUUAACCUAUGUGUAGUCCAAAAAACGAAGUUUGCCUCAGGAACAAACCGAAAGCGGAAGUCAAAUAUGAAGAUUCUAAAAGACGCCAAAAAGUGUUCACUUUUGUUUUGAUUCAAUAGUAAUCGAAGGGAUUGAAUUGAAAUCGAAUUGAUAUAAUGGCGAAACGUCUCCUGUAGGAAUUUGAGUAGUCCUACAGAAUUACUUCAGCCUCUUUGAAGUAGGACGUGUUCGUAUUGGUGAAGCGGGCGAUUGAUUGUAAACCAAAACAAAACAUUACAACAUGAUUUUUAACAGGUAAUUUUUAGACUAAAGAAAGGUUUUUGUGUCAUGGUAGACAAUUCAUAAUCUGAGUGUCAAACAAGGAUAAAAGAAUUGACGUACUUGAUUUAAAAGCCACAGGAAAAAAAAUACAGCAAAGAUUUUCUUCGGCUGAAUAAUUAAUCAGCGGGAUGAAAACUGCACGAAGGCUUUAUAAAAUUAAAAGAGCUAAUUACACAUACCAAUCUUAAGGUUUUGAAUUGAAUUUAAAAAAAGAAGGGGAUAUGGGUAACAAGUACACUGAAACCUAUUAAGCGGACACCUUUAAUUUGGGACCUUCCCCAUGAGGGGUAGCCUCCCACGCAGGCCUUUUUUGGAGAGCUUUUUUUUCAUCUCUCCCCACAAACGCCUGCUCAACUGAAGACAACAUUCCUUUCCCAUGCUUAGCCAAUCGCAUUGUACCUUCCAAAUUCUGUAAGUUGACCUUGACCACAAGAUAAUCUGAUAAUUACUUGAUAUGCAUGAAACACUGGGAAAGCUUUCUGACCUCUAAUAAAAUAAUGUUAGACUCAGAGCUGCAAAAAUAAGAUUUAGUCAAAUUUUAGAAUACUCCAUGCACUGCAUAACGUUAGCAAAGGAAAGAAAAGACACUUUAUUGCACAACUGUUGAUUGGUCACUUACCACGCAAAUAAAACAAUGGGAAAGGAAUGUUGUUUUUGGUUGAGCAGGCGUUUGUGGGGCGGGAUGAAAAACGAGCUCCCCUAAAAACACCUGCAUGGGAGGCUACUGAGUGUCUGCUUAAUAGAGGUUGUCUGGUUAAAUAGAGGUUUGUAAAAAUUGCGCAAUGUUUGUUACUGAUUAGCAUUCAAUGGUUACUCUGUACUGUGAUAAAGUUCCAUGUUGUUAAGGAAUGCUGUACUUUUUGCAAGACUUUUAGGUGAACUUUGAUCAUGGAUGACAAUCAUACGGCCGGAUAUCUGUCUAAUCUACAGUUUAUUGACAGCUAAAUGUAUUGAUUUAACUUUAUUGAUCGACUACAACUUACGUAUUUAAAGGACCUAAUCCAAUGCUACUAUUGUCAAUUCAGUGUGUCAGCUUGGUAGAGGUUUUUAACAAUAGAAAUUAGCAAAAUACAAUUUACUUUAGUGUCUGCGUCCACUUAACAGAAAUUUAGUGUCCGCUGAAUAGGGGUUCGUUAUAAAGGGAAAUAUAAGAUGUUAAUUUCAGGACCUGGCUUAGUGUCCACUUAAGAGAGGGUGUCCACUUAACUGGGGGUCUGCUUAGUAGAGGUUUCCCUGUAUGUAAACAAAGAAAUGAAAACGGUGAUAAUCGAUUACUGGAAAAGUAGUUGGUAUUGCUUAUUCAAGAUUGAAAGCUAAAUGCAAUCAUUGACAACAAACUUUUAUGAAAAGUAGAAAAUUAGCAAGGCAAAAUUCAAUGAAAAAUGGCAGAAUCUAGAUUCAGACAGCAAAAAUGGAAAACAAAAGUACAAACAGCGUAAAAAUGUCAAAUAAACAGUGCAUAAAAGCAAGGUUGCAGUACUUACAGCAUAGAUUAUAAAGCUAGUGAAGCGACAUCAUGAGCUGCCUGUUUUGCUUUACUUUAGCGGUUUUCCUGGCUGACUUGCUCGAUCGAUUCUCCCUUCAGAUUCUUUGUCUGAAUGAUAAAACUCUGUUUUCCUUAGCUAAUGCUAAUAAUAGUGCAAGUUUUAAAAGAAAAAUGGUUUUAAAAUCACAGUUUUUGCUCAUUUCACAAAGAACAAACAAACUUGUGAAUGAAGCUGCCAAUGAUUCCGCCCAGGUUAGCGGGCAAGAUUGUAAACAACCACCCGCUCUCGGAACCAACCAGAUUGCAGGAUUGAAGAAUUCCGCCUACUCGCUAACUAAGAAAAAUCUAAAUAAAGAUAUUUUCUGGAACCACAUGUAGUAAAUAAAUGUAAUGUCUUGUAUCUGGUGUACUCUGGGGACUGACUUGUGACUUGCCAUAGGAGUCCCUGGAACUCAGUCUAUAAGAAGCCUAUGCCAGAGAAGGAACUCAACUUCUGGCUAAGUCCAUCUUGGAACACACUGAAAUCCUUGUUCUGGGUCUCAACCUGUGAAUCAAGAUUAUGCACCAUGACUGUCCUGUUAAAAAGAGCCAUUGUCAAUUUGCUAAUCAGGUUGAAUGGAAAUUUGAAUUGGUUGCGGGUAAUUCGUCAAGUCUGUUGGGGGCCCAGAAGAAGAAUAUUGGCAAUGCUUUGCAGAGUGACGUAACACAGGCUAGUCCACAAGAAGUGCUGAUCUCCAAGCUGUGGUACCUGACUAUUAACACUAUUAUCUUCCCUGCCUUCUUACCCCAAUACAAGUUGUGAAAACAUGAGCGAUUGAGAGAUGACUACUUAAGCUUAAAGGGCACUCAAAUUAUGCGUGUUUUUGACCACCUGAAUUUUCUGUCACUCAGAGGGGCACCAAUAUUGGCAUCUACCAUACAAUGCUCUAUUAAUAAAUCUUGGUAGAAGUUUUUUUUGAAUUUUAAUUUGCGCUGAAAAGGUGCACAGUGAGCGAGUCCUAAUUACUAUUUUUAUUUAUCUUACCUUGCCUUUAUCCCUAAGAUCCUUGCUUUAACUCAUUGGUUGUUUUUUUUUUCUCACUUUUGUUUGUGUGACGAUGAAAACCAGCAAUUUUAGUGGCAAUAACCUUAUGCAUGCAGUUACUCAGCUAUAACUAGUUUUAUGGCCCUUCUAGAACAUGCAGUUUUGAAGUGAUUGUUAGUUCAAAUUUCUUGGUUGCUAAUUCUUUCUGCUACUGAUUACUUCAGUUUUGCACUGUGUAUAAUUUUAUAGACCCAAUCAUGUGAGUUACAGUUUCCUUGGACUUAACAGUAAGGGACUUUGUCGGCAACAGCAAUAGGAACAUCUAAAACACAGAAGGAUUUUAUGAGCAAAACAACAAAUCUGUAUGUGCAUCACUCUUUUUUGUUUAUUUCUUUGCCAUCCCAGCCCAACUACAAUUUUGAGUUGACUAAUAAGAAUGGGAACAGCAAGGUGACAAAUUUUAUUGUCUCUCUCAGAACUCGGUGGCUGCACUCCUUUCUCUUCAGUUCCGACCUAACUUCCCUACUUUCAAGUAACUGGGUGACUUGGUACGAUGUUUAAGGGUGAAAUAGUUUCAAAUGACACAAAGCCUUUUUCUCAGCUGGGUUUUUAUUGGUGUUACUAUUGUCAGAUCGUUAGGUUCCUAUUGACGGCGAAGAGACACAUUUGAGGGUGUCUGUGGUUGUAGAGUUGAGGCAUCCAGCCUCCAAACCUUUUUUUUAUGACCAAGAGUCUUUAUCUGUAACAGUUCACAUAUACCGGUAAUCUAUAUAUUUUUCCUGCCUCUUGCACUAGGUCCCUUUUGAGUUUUUGAUUUGAACAUUACUACAAAAACAAAUUUUCUCCUUGAGGUUAGCUGACUGUCAUGUUUCUUGUAGCUAAAUUAUGGUUGUAUAUAAAGGAUAUUACAUGACCACAUGGAGAUAUGAAAUUUCUUUUGAGUGUUGAAUCAUAUUUCACAAGUGAGCGCAGCAAAAGAGUGAAAUAUUUUUCAACACGAGAAGAGAAAUUUUGUAAUGUUCUGUUUUAUUAUACUAACACCAAUGAAAUACCAUACCAUUUCACUUUAAUUAAUGGCGGUGCGUUUCCCUGUAAAAGGCACAAUUUAUUAUGUAGGCAUAGCAAUGUUUGAUCUUUUUGCAUGUGAAGAUAACAUGUUUUUGCGCAAAAGGUCACCUGGUAUUUCAUUGGUGUUAAAUGCAAUAAUUGUUUUCUUUCGUUGUAGCUAACAACAUAACGAACAUGGCUUCUGCUACACCUUCCUAUGCAUCAACCAAGGAAACAACAAAUUUUGCUCAUCUCUGUCGUCUUCUUGUGGAUGUGGGGUCCAAGGCAUUGAGAGACAAGUUUGACAGCAUCCACCCACCAGCAGGACUACAUGGAGUUUUGACAAAGCCUCCAGCACACACAACACUGCAGAUGCUUAGAAAAAAGAGAAUUCUCAAUCCUACUCAAUGGGCCAAGCUGUAUCCCCCUACAUCAUCGGUAUCUUCAAAUGAUUUUGAUGUCACUCUUUUGAUGUUGCUGUUAAGGAACAUAUGUGGCUUGACUCCUCCAGCCACUGGUUGGGAUAGUCUCCCACCUGCUACAGAUAACAGUGCUGAGGCUAACAUAGCAAGAGUGAAGUAUUACAGAAACCAUGUGUAUGGGCAUGCCAGCCAGGCCUCUGUGGAUGAUCCCACAUUUCAUUCCUAUUGGCAGGAUAUAAGCAAUGCACUGGUAGGGCUGGGUGCAGAUGCAGCUGCUAUCACCAAGCUGAAGACUGAGAGCAUGGAUCCUGUAAUUGAGAAACAUUACCAAGAAUUACUGAGAGAGUGGAAGAAGGAUGAGGAUAGCAUCAAGGACCAACUUGAUAAGAUUGAAGGUAUGUGAGAAAAACACCUGGGGAAAUCCCAGGAGAGACCUUAUUCUAGGAAUGUUUGGGUAGGAUUGUGCUGCUGGGACCCUGUUACCAUUAGUCUAUACCAGACCUACAGUUGUUCAGCUGAUUUUGCCACCGUAUAUAUGCUAGACUAAACUCCCAAAAUCUCUACUUAUCCUAGAGUGCCUAUUUUCCAGAAAUUACUGAAGUCAACGCUCUCUUUGCUGUUAAACUGAGUUUUGGGUAAAUUUAGAUUUUAAUUUUUUGGAUUGCCAAUUUCUGGUUUCCAUGUUCCUGGAAAAUGACCCAAACUGUCUGAUUUCUGUAUCUUAUCCCAGACUAAAUAUCUUGACAUACCCUUCACAGGGGCAGAUACCUAUAAUUUUUAUAUCCAUAUAUGGCAGUAUCCCCUCCCCCGGUAACCUGCGAGCAAGCUCUCCAGGAUGCUGUGGCAGUGGGGCCUUUUCAUACCACUGUCAGGGCUCCAUGGAGAACUUGUACACAGGCUACCCCCUCCUGGAAAAUACCUACUUAAUAUUGUGUAGCUCCAGAAAAUAUCCAUACCCCCCUCCUACGGAGGGCACUUUUGCUUUAGACCCCCCACCCCCCUGGAAUGUCCAUCCCAGGGGGUACGUGUCAUACCCCCCUGCACUCCCUGGAAUUUCCGUAAUUUUUGAACUUGGUUGGGUACCCUCUGGAAAGAAUAUUUGUGUCAAAAAUGUUGUUGCACUAUAUUAUCAUGCGAAAAAAUCUUUCUUUUCAUGUUAAUACGUAUACGGUGUCUAAUAAUCUCAAGGACGUUCUUAGCGAAUAAAUAACCAUAAAGGCAAUAACCUACACUACUGACUACACGAAUAAUGUCAUUUGCUAAAGAACUAGUUAGAUUCAAACUAAACACCACGUGAACUUUCAUUACUUCAUUUUAGUUAGAACAUGUUACAAGAAGUGCUUAGAAAACGACCAAAUUACGGUGAAUGAAAUGUGUAAUAAAGCAACAGCUAGAUAACCGGACGUUUACUCUUGAGCCGGUGACAAUUGGAUUAAAGAAAACUAUUGCAUAUUCCAUGAAAAAAGCAUUUAGCCGACCGUAGGUAAAAGAUGAUCAAUUCAAACAAUAAAACUUGUUUUGAAACACCGGUAACAAUAAAAUAACUGAUAGCUUGCUCAACACAGAAGCUCUGUUUAAUUAAUAACUCACCAAUCUUUCUCAGACCCCUGGAAAAAACCUCUGUAGUCAACCCCUCAUCCCCUCGGAAAUUGUCUCUUUUUGGACACCCGCCCCCUCCCCUCGGAAUUUCCGUUUCCCUCCGUGGGGGGUUAUGGAUAUUUCUGGAGCACAUUGGAUAUGAAGAAUGCUACACUGUACACACACUGUUUCACAACCCAUUUACUCCUGGUAUGUUCACUAAAAAAAGUCGUUUGAACCUGCUCGAGUCGUUUUCUGAUUACUUUUUGGCCUAGCCUGAAAAAACAGCUGACAUUUCAAAUUUUGGGUUUGUAUGUGACACUGCACCGCUGGAAAAGUAGGGUUUUCCGGAAACUUUAAGGUACAUGUCUGGAACAGAAUGGAUUCUUUCUUUACAAAUGCUAAAAACUAUGCCGGAAAGAAACCUCCGCUCGUAGUGUACGACGGCGGUGUUUUGAAAUACUUUGUGUUAACGUUCUGCUGACAUAACAAAGUAGUUGCUAGCUGUCUACUAGUUUUGGAGUGGUCAUAUAAAGCGGAAGCUCUCUUAACGGACCUUCUCGUAAGCGGACAGCUCUGCUUACGGCGGUCAUCACAAAAUUGCCUCGUUGCAAUUCCCAUACAUUUUCUGAAGUUUUAAGCCCCGUGAAAACGGACGCAACAUUGUUGAAUGUUUCAUGUUGCGUCCGUUUGCACACCCUGUUGCAUGUUGGUGGGAGUUGUUGCGCAGAGUUUGAAACCGGUCAAACUUUUAGCUACGUGCAAACGGACGGAACAACUCCCAACAUUGAUGGGAGUUGUUCGCCAACAAUGUUGCGUCCGUUGGGACGAGGCUUUACAUUCCCGUAAGCUGACAUUGCCUGCAGAUGGCCGCGCACACUUUCAAGGUGGACGAGUUAGAUCUUACUUUGUUUUGAAGCUCUCGUAAGCGGACACCCAAAAUGAUAUUUCGUACGCCUCUGAAUCAUUUUUUUUUCUUAAAAAAAUGGAUAUUUGUGGCAAUGAAUUUGCAUCAGUUUCGGAGUUUGUUUUUUCAUGUACACGUCUGGUUACACUUCAAAGCACCACUUGAGUUUCAUGCUUGUAUCUGAAUUACAACGUCGUCAGGAAAACAGUGCCAAAUACUAACAAAAUUUUUUUUUGCAUUCCAAGCAUUUAUUUUUAGCUGGGUUAGUUCUUCUAUCCCUCGUGAGAGGUUUGACUGUAGGCUGUGGUAGCUGGAUCCAUUCAUUCCAGUCGCCAUUAACAAUGUGCCUUAAAUUCAUCUUUCCAUUCGUAACGUACUUUAAUAUUUAACCUCUCAGACGUUUUGCCUUAGUUCUCUUCGUUCGACAGUAUGAGAAACAAGUUGUGAGAAGUUUAAGGUUAAAAUGAUAUGUAUUUCGGAAUCGGAAUUUACGGCUACUUUUUUCUUGUCCCUGUCCACAAAGGCUACCCCUUUUAACUCUUCGCUGGACAUUUUUCUGUCGCUUUAUGCCUUAAACUUAGUUGCCAACUCUCGUAUUUGACCUAACAGACGUUCCACGUAAAUUUUCUUCUCCAGACAGUACCAGGGACAAGUUUGAAGACAUUAAAGUUGAAAUGACCACGAUUAGAGAAAGGCUAGAUACCUUAACACCCGCAGGACAGGAGAACAAUGGGGAAGGUAGAUAUAAGUUCUAGUAGCUAAAUACUGUGUUAAAAGUAAACUGCAGCCCACGAAUUAAAGAGAAAGGAAGACUAAACGUAAAAGGAGAAAGUUCUGAAUGUUGAACCUCUUUAUCAUUUUCCACGAAGUAGUGAAACCGUUGGGAGUGACUCAUUUGAAAAUCUGAAAAUUUGAAAAGUAUCUAGUAGACAUUCUUCUUUACAUUCUUUUAUUUCUUGACGUCUGUAAUUAAACAUUCAAGUUCUUGCUACGAAACAAAUUAUGAUGCUCGAUUUUGGUAGCUUUUUACUUUUUCUUUCACUAUUGCAAGCUUUCAUGACUUCAAAAUAUUAACUGCUUGUAGCUCUGUUGUUAUAAUAUUGACUAUAACUAUGAAUAUAUACAGCAUUAUUACUUUAACAGUAAGAUCUAAUAAUAUUUUUUCGUAUUUGCAGUGGCUUUUGAUCCAACUGAAUAUGUCGAUGGAAUUCGCCAACUGUACAAAAUCCGUGAAGGAUGGCUUGCACCCUUCCCCUGGUGUGAAGAGUUCCGAUUCAACCUUGAUAACAUUUUUACUAGACUCAAAAUAGUCAGCAGGAAAAAAGAAAGGGGAACAAAGACUCGUGAAACUGUUUUAAUGGAUGACAUCUUCAAGCCCCACGAAGAAUGCCCACAGCCUAGAACGGUGUUAAUUGAAGGGGAUCCAGGUAUAGGGAAGACCACAUACUGUAACAAACUUGCUUACGAUUGGGCCACCAAGGAACUCAAACAAGGGGAAGAAACGUCUUCAGGCGGUUCUUUUCCGAAGUUCAAAGUAGUGUUGUCCCUUAAAUGUCGAGAUAUAAAGUCUGACGUUUCGGAUGCCAUUGAAGAACAACGUCUGUAUGGUUCCCCCAAAGAAAAAGAAGAGGAACUCUUUAAGGCCCUUUUAUGGGACGCUAUUGAUGACCAGCUUCUACCGCGAGGUGUAACUAAACAAGAAAAGGAGGAAUUCUUCAAAUUCGUACGUCAUAAUCAGCAAGGCGUGUUACUGGUCCUUGACGGAGUGGAUGAGUUGCCAGGGAGUCUGUUACCAGCGUUUAAAGAAAUCAUUCAGGGAAGGAUGCUUCCAAAAUGUCACAUUGUCGUUACAGCACGGCACGAGGUUGGGAUGAAGGUGCGUGAAUGCUGUGAUACCUUACUAGAAAUGGAAGGAUUCACCGAACUGGACGCGCGAAAUUUUAUUGCCAAAUACUUCAAAACGGAAUCGCAUUUGGCCCGGAAGCUUUUAGAUAAAAUAGAUUUCGAUGAUAACCUCAGACAGUUGACAAAGAGUCCAUUAAACACUGCACUUCUUUGUCUUCUUUGUGAAGACUUUGAUGGUAUUUUUCCACAAAGUGGUACACAGCUGUAUCUCGAAAUAGUAGAGUGCGUUUUAAGACGAUACAGGAAGAAAAAAGGUUUACCAGACCCCGAAUGUAAAGACCUCAUUGACAUAUACAAAAGUCAACUAAAGCAGCUUGGUAGGAUCGCGUGGAAAGGUCUGCUUCACAGCAACUUGUUCUUUGAGAAGAGCGAGUUUGAGAAUUGUGCAGACGGAUUACUAGAAUACGGAUUUUUGUCUGUUGAACGUGGCCGGAGUAAGCGGCGACCUUCUCUGUACUAUUGCUUUUUACACAGAACAUUUCAGGAACUGUUUGCGGCGUUUUAUCUCUGUUGCGAUGUUGCAAAUAAAGAACAUUUUCCAGAAAAUUUAAUUCCCGAGAGCAAAUACUUCCUUGAGUUCAGACAGGUGCUUGCGUUUACAUGCGGCCUGCUAGCUUCGCAGUCUGAAGAAAUAGUCACCGCAUUAGUCGCCAGAAUUGCUAAUAAUGUGAACAGUGGCGAGGAAUUUUUAAUUGCGUUGAAAUGCAUUGGCGAAUGUAAGAACGAAAAGAAUUCUACAAUGCUUAUGUCACUAGCGUGUUCUCUUGGCUCGCUUCUUCAAGUAAAUCAAAUGAAUUUGUCACUUAAAAAUUAUCCUUUUGGGGUCUUUGGUGACUGUACUACACUAGCAGAAGUAAUCAAACGUAAUUCAACAAUAACGCAUUUGAAUUUGUCAUCCAAUUUCUUUGGACUUGGUGACUGGACUGCACUGGCAGAAGCAAUCAAACACAAUUCAGCAAUAAGACAGUUGGAUUUGUCAGAAAAUAGAUUUGGUGUUGGUGACAGUAACACUGUACUAGCAGACGCAAUCAAACACAAUUCAACAAUAACGCAUUUGAAUUUGUCAUCCAAUCUCUUGGGACUUGGUGACUGUACUGCACUGGCAGAAGCAAUCAAACACAAUUCAACAAUAAGACAGUUGGAUUUGUCACGAGCUAGUAUUGGUCUUGGUGACUGUACCAUUGUACUGGCAGACGCAAUCAAACACAAUUCAACAAUUACGCAUUUGAAUUUGUCACACAAUCACUGUAAACUUGAUGACUUUACUGCACUGGGGGAAGCAAUCAAACACAAUUCAACAAUAAGACAGCUGGAUUUGUCAGGAACUAACUCUGGUUUUGGUGACUGUAGCAUUGUACUGGCAGACGUAAUCAAAUACAAUUCAACAAUAACUCAUUUGAAUUUGUCAUGCAAUGAGUUUGGAGGUGGUGUUCUAACUAAUUUGAUGAAAGCCUUUGUGGAAGCAAUCGAACACGAUUUAACAAUGAGACAGUUGGAUUUGUCAGAAAAUGGCCUUGGUGAUGAUAGCCUUGGUGAUGGUGGCCUUAAUGAUGAUGCAUGUACUGAUGCAUGUACUGAAUUGGCAGAAGCGAUCAAACACAACUCCACAAUAAUACAGUUGAACUUGUCAAAAAAUCACCUAAGCGAUGGUAACUUUACAGUACUGGCGGAUGCAAUCAAACACAAUUCAACAAUAAGGCAGUUAGAUUUGUCAGAAAAUGGCCUUGGUAAUGUUGGCCUUGGUGAUGAUAGCCUUGGUGAUGAUAGCCUUGGUGAUGAUGGCCUUAAUGAUGAUGCAUGUACUGACGCAUGUACUGACGCAUGUACUGAAUUGGCAGAAGCAAUCAAACACAACUCCACAAUAAUACAGUUGAAUUUGUCAAAAAAUGACAUAAGCGAUGGUAAUUUUACAGUACUGGCGGAUGCAAUCAAACACAAUUCAACAAUAAAGCAGUUAGAUUUGUCAGAAAAUGGCCUUGGCGUUGAUGAUUGUACUCCACUAGCGGACGCAAUAAAAAACAAUUCAACGAUUACACAGUUGAAUUUGUCAAGCAAUCAUCUUGGCGUUAGCGACUGUUCUGCACUGGUGGAAGCAAUCAAACACAAUUCAACAAUAACGAAGUUGGAUUUGUCAUGUAAUUUCCUUCCUGGUUGUUACCUUAUUUCGCUGGCAGAAGCAGUCAAACACAAUGUAACAAUGAGACAGUUGGAUUUGUCAGCGAAUCUCCCUGACGUUGAUGACUGUACUGUUCUGGCGGAAGCAUUUGAACACAAUUCAACAAUAACGGAGUUGAUUUUCUAA